AUGGCGCAGCCAGUCAGCCAUGUCUUGGGCCUGGACCAGACCCCUGGGUCUGUGGACAUUGGUUCGUACUGGGGAGAAGACAGAUCCUCUUUCUACAGGAACAGUCUGGGGCUUCAGUUGCUUAUGGGUAUCGUCAGAUCCAGAUCCCAAACUCUCCACACGCUACCUGCACUCUCCAGCAACUCUACAAACUCCGACCAUGGAGCAACCUCUUGUAAGGUUCGUGUAAACUUUGUGAAUGAAGCUGGUUUGACUAUGACAGCAUCUGUGGCGGAAGGAGAGUCCAUGCUCGACGCUGUGGUCAACAAAAACCUGGACAUCAGUGGUUUUGGUGCAUGUGAGGGAACCCUUGCCUGCUCCACCUGUCACCUGAUCUUUGAUGAGAGUGUGUAUGAGAGACUGGAGCCCAUGCAGGAUGAGGAGAUGGACAUGCUUGACCUGGCGUACGGACUCACCAAAACGUCUCGUCUGGGCUGCCAGGUGUUGGCCCAGCCCUGGAUGGAUGGGAUGACUGUCCGCGUCCCACAGGAACUCACAGAUCAGAGAGACAGCAAGGAGGCUAAGGGAAAUCAGUGA